ACGUCAAUAGUUAUAAAAUAUAUAAACUUAAUUAUUUUAAUUAAACAUAGAUAUUAUAUGCGUUAUAUGGGUAUUAUUUGUUUAGUAAGAAAACUAUCUAAGUGAACAAAGAAAAAUGAAAUGGCGGAUACAAAAAAUUUAAACAAAUAAAAUAUCCUUUCAUAUAUAUAUUAACUAGUGUGGCCCCGGCCAGUUGGCCGGAGGAAGGUAGGAUGGCAAUGGGUCGGGUUGGGUCGGGUUUUGCCAAAUUCAAAUCCAAAUUCAUGGGUUUAUCCGUGAAAAAAAUUCGGGGUAAAAUCCACUGGGUUUGAAAAACUCAAACCCAACUCAACCCCCUGGGUAUCCGCGGGUUCAUGGGUACCCACAGGUUUUUGUCUUAAAAAAUUUACAAUAACAAGUUGCUAUCAAAAUUAAAGUCAAAUAUCAAUCUCUCAAUACAAAUUAUCCAUAUAUAAAAUACCAUUCUAGAAAAUUCAAGCAAAUAACAAAUUAUCCAUAAAUAACAUGAUUAAUUGAAAGCUUCUUCCUUUCUAUUAAGUUUCUUCACUCUCCACUCGAUAACAUCAACUUCAUUCUACACAAUUAGAAAGAAAAAAUUAGACAUGUCUCCACAAACAUAAAUAAGAUAAGUUGUUUAGAAUAUUAAAUAUAUCGAGAAAAUUAAUUAUAUGGGUGUGGGCGGGUACCCAUGGGUCGGGUUUACCUAAACCCAAACCCAACCCAACCCGAUGAAUAUUGAACGGGUUUAAACCCAAACCCGGCCCAAAACCCGUCAACACGGAUUUUACCCGCGUUGACCGAGUUGGGUAGGAUGGGUACUCGUGGGUUCGGAUUUUGUUUUCAUCCCUAGAGGAAGGUGAGGUAUGAAAUUUGAUAAUGUAAUGGGGUGUAUAACUUAGUGUUGUAUAGUUUUUUUGGGAAACACGUGAUAAAAAUAGUGAAUUUUAGCAGGAAAGAGACAUUAAUGAUGCAACAAAUCAAAAAUCGGCCUUAUGAACCAAAAUCAAGUACCUGUUACCUUGUGAAACAAUAUUGUUUCUGGUAAUAUGAUGAGGUGGAGUAAGUUUUAUAGAAACUGAAUUCCAGAAAAUCGAAUAAAAAAUCGCCUAUCCCGUCGGUUUUCGGGAAAUGAGCAUCUCUCAAUCGUUGCUAGCUUUUACUCGGCCCGUUGGCCGAUUAAUUUGGUUUAUAAAACUUUCAUCUUGUCGUCAUUGUGCUUUCUGGUUUUUUUCAGGCUAUGAUAAAAUCUAAGGAAAUAAAGAACGAACAACACGAUUUGGGAUAGGAACCGUCAUUGUCGUAUCCCUAGAAAAUGGUGGUAAACACGGACUCACCUGCCAAACUGGUUUGGAUUGAGAUUUUUAUCGGGUAUCAGGGAACCAUGUGAUUAUAAAUUAGACUUGAUCAAAAGGGGCCAAAACUUGAAAUGCAGCCUGUUUGACCGACCCAUGCCAAAUUCUAAUUAUUCUUUACUUUUAAACUUUUUAUUUGAAAAUAAAAAAUAAUGAAAGAAAAGAGAUGACUGCCAUUUGCACAUCACUUAUUCGGGAAUAAAACCAUAGAAAUUCAAAAGGAACUGAAAAUGUUAGGAUCGUUUUAAUGUUUAAAAUAACCAAAUAGAUCUUUCUGUUUAGUUUUUUACUAACAAAUACCAAACGAUUCCCUAUAAAAUACACUAUGAUUUGAUCAUUAUGAUAUCAAAUAAUUAUAUAAUAUAUAUUUGAAAUGAUAAAAAUUGGACUAAUUGGGUUGGUCGAGGUUGAACCAUUGAAUAACUUUAAAAUACAUUAUAUUUUAGCCACUAAGAUAUAAAAUAAUAGCAUAAUAUAUUAUGCCAGAGAAAAUAGCUUGUUUUAGAAUGUCAAACCAAUGAUGUUCAUUUGUUUUACUUGAUGGCCAAAUCCCGUGUAGGUCAAACCAAUUCAACUCUUUUAUUUUAUGGUUAGCGGUUAGCCCAUUAGAUACUAUGCAUUAGUUUAUUGUUAAAUUUUUUAUUUUUAGCAAUAAAAAGAAGUAUUGUUUUUGCCUCUUCAUAUAUAUUUUAUCACCACGGAGAAAUAAAAGGGCUUAAUGAAAAAACUGACACUCUUGAACCCGUUUAAAUCCGCAUGUGUACGGUAAGUUGGCCCGUUCCACAGAGGAAAGAGGAAAAAAUUGACACUCCCUAUUCUAUCAUUCCUACAAACGCUUCUGGAGCAGGAAAUUUGAAAUGGGGGAAAUGUUUUUUUUCCUCUCUGCUAUUAUAUCUUUUUAAUUUAAAAAGAUGCAACAAAUGUACUUAGUGUGAUUGGUUAUGAUCCUUACUUUUCCUUAAAAUAGUCAUGAUUCGAAUCUCACUAUGUGUCUUUUUAAUGAAUUAAAAAAAGUAAGUGUGAAGACCAAAAUGUCCUUCCUAACCAUAUCAUAAUUGUACUUUUAACUUUCUUUUGGUACUAAUUCCGAAUAAAGGUUUUAUCCUUGUUCCACCACUCUAUUUUCCAUCGAUUUCGAGUUUUCGACAUUUCGUCUCCCCAGACGUUCCCCUCCAAACCCUAUCGGUCUCCUUUUCACCUGCCUCUUUCCGUCAGCGAAAUCGACUACAGUCUGCAAAGAGGGUUAUUCAAUACAGCGAAGAUUGGCGGCCAUGUUUUCAUCCCUUGCGUCUCAACGUUCCUCACCCAUCUUUGCCAUGUUCGUCGAUAGCUAAAUCUUCAAUACUUUUAGCUCCGUUGACAAGUUCGCUGCCCUCCUUGUUUGGAUCCACCAGCUUAUUUCAAGCAGAAGUAUAAAAUUCGCGCUCUGAUAAAAGUAAACUCGUGAUUUCUUACUUCUCCGAUAGUCGCUAUUUGCCGCUCCAAAGCAGGAGCGUGGGUCUGACAUGGCUGCUUGGGUAACCAAGGAAAUAUAGAAGCUUGCGAGGUUUUUUGUCAAAAUCGGAUAUAUGGCAGCACAAGGACAGGCGGUCAUGGACCCUGCUGUGCUAGACGACAUAAUCAGAAGGUUGACGGAGGUCCGAUCAGCCAGACCGGGCAAGCAGGUCCAGCUAUCCGAAGCUGAGAUCAAGCAGCUUUGUGUCGCCUCCCGUGAGGUCUUCCUUCAGCAGCCCAAUUUGCUCGAGCUAGAAGCCCCCAUCAAGAUAUGCGGUGAUGUUCAUGGGCAAUACAGUGAUUUAUUGAGGCUUUUCGAGUAUGGAGGUUUUCCACCUGAAGCCAACUAUCUAUUCUUAGGAGACUAUGUUGAUCGUGGCAAACAGAGCUUGGAGACUAUAUGCCUCUUGCUUGCCUACAAGAUUAAGUACCCGGAGAACUUUUUCCUUCUAAGAGGGAAUCACGAAUGUGCUUCUAUAAACCGCAUCUAUGGAUUCUAUGAUGAGUGCAAGAGACGGUUCAAUGUGAGGCUUUGGAAAUCUUUCACUGACUCUUUUAAUUGCCUUCCUGUUGCGGCUCUUGUAGACGACAAAAUAUUAUGCAUGCAUGGUGGUCUUUCCCCUGAUUUGACACAUUUAGAUCAAAUCAGAAACUUGCCUCGCCCCACUGCUGUUCCAGACACAGGUUUACUGUGCGAUUUGCUGUGGUCAGAUCCUGGUAGAGAUGUUAAAGGGUGGGGAAUGAAUGACAGAGGAGUUUCAUAUACCUUUGGCCCUGAUAAGGUAUCCGAAUUCUUGAACAAGCAUGAUUUGGACCUUGUUUGCCGUGCACAUCAGGUUGUAGAGGAUGGAUAUGAGUUCUUUGCUGAUAGGCAACUUGUGACCGUAUUCUCAGCUCCCAAUUAUUGCGGCGAAUUCGAUAAUGCUGGUGCUAUGAUGUGUGUCGAUGAGAACCUGAUGUGCUCCUUUCAGAUUUUGAAGCCUGCCGAGAAAAAAGCUAAGUUCAUGAUGUCAAACAAAAUGUGAAGGGGCCAAGACUUGGAACACUUGGUCUUGAGUCUUCAUGGAGGUCAGCUAUACACUCUUAUCUAUUCACUUUGAUUCGCCUAAUUAUUGUUCAUAGUUCACCUGGUUUGUACGCGUCCUGAUGGUCUUUCUUGCACUGGUAUAUGUGGUUUAUCUGUCUUAUUCAUACAAGUAGUGAGAGUUAUCAUUCCUGGUGCAUUGAUUUUCUUUUUUGUCAUUGCUUCAAUAUAAUCGGAAAACAGUAGAGUCUGAACAACUGUUGUACUUUUUCUAGAUUUUUUUCUAGAUAAGGGUGACAACAUAGAUUGAUUGAUUUAAUUAGGUGCUACUGAAGGGAUUCGAACUUGAAACCUUUUAAUUCAAAAUUAGACAAUUAGUGGUAAUACUACUAUAGUCCAAACCUUUGUUCGCCUGAACAACUGUUUUACUUAUAUUCUCUGCAAUGUAUACUAUUAUACAAAAAGAUGUAAUAUUUGUUGUGUCCUUCCUUUCCCUCUCUCUCCGUUGCUAUAUGUCUUAGCAGCCUGUUUUCGGAUAUCAUCAGGUCAACAAUGUGGAACAUUGAAAAAUCAGCCUAAAAUCAACGGCUAAAUUACACGUUUUUAGUCACUCAUUUUAACUAUCAUUAGCAGCCUGUUUCCUUAUUAGUCACUCAUUUUAACUAUCAUUCUAGUCAUUGGACGUCUAAUCCGUUCUCCUUCCGUCUCACCCUCCAUUCUGAACUGUCGAGCCUGAGAUUUGUGGCGGAGAAGUCGGCCGUUCAGUGUCAAAAACCUUGAUAAUGACAUCGGAAUCGUAAUCGGAUUCAGACAAGAGUCUUUUAGAGCCCGAGGAACCAAGGGGAUUAGGUGAUCUGAAGCUCCCGACAGACAGAUGAUUUCAUUAUUUUCCCAAUUUCGCUUGGCGUACGCUAGCUUGAACCACAUUCACAUGCGAAUAGUUGUAUGGAUCAAAUGAGUUGUUUGCUUCUUGCCAUCAGAUAGGAUCUGGAUGGUGUCGUGGUGGUAAAAAAGUUGCCAUCAACACCCUAACCGAAUUGCUUUAUAUAACCAAUCUUUGUCUCGCUGUCAUUCUGAACGCAACUGACAGCUUGAUACAGGCUUGAGAUACUUGAUGGGGCCUGCUUUCUGUUUCAUGCUUCAUUUGAACAGCUUUAGUCAUUCCCCAUGAUAAAUUGUCUGGUGAUUUGUUCACCGCAUGUUCUUCAGGAGCCGUAAAGGCACCAGUGUUAUUGUUUCAUCCUAGGACUUGUUACUUGCUGUGCGCUCCGUAACCUUGCCUUAUUUCUCAAUACUUUGCAGGGUUGGUGAACUGUUGCAAUUGAAAUGACCAGAUGAGCAGAUGUUAUACAACACCUGUUUAGCUGCGUGGGAGGCGAAGCUAAGGAUGGAAGCGAGGAACAGUUCUGCAUUUUCAAAUAUCUUUUAUCUCGUGUCUCCUUUUAGACUCUCUUGUGUUUCUGACUGGCAGUGACAUUACUCGACAAUGCAUUCGCACGCAUCUCUCCGGGCUGGCUGAUUGAAAUCAUUUUUUUUUUUUUUUGGUUGUGCUGGAGGGGUUGUUGCCAGCCGCCUGGCCAGACCACCAACCUUGGAAUUGCCUCUGUUUCUUCUAUAUGCUCUGUUGUCUUGUGGUGUGUCUAGGUCCUCAAGUAUGGUUGCCACGGACGGCUAUUGGUAAAGAAUUUUCUGUCAAAAACAUCUGUUUGGGUGAGCCAGCACAAUACUAUCUUUGCCAGCAGGUCCUCACUUUCCUUCAAUUGCCACUAAAGAUUUGAAUACUUG